AAGUGAGACAUGUUCCUGGGACAACAUCGUUGUUGACCCUGGAACAACAUUGUGAUUAACCAAUCAGAUUUGAAGAACCAGUUUAUAGAUUUUGUGAAGUUUACGCUUAAAAUCAGUGUUUGGUGCUUGUACAUCAGUGUCAUUCAUCUAUCAUUUCCUCUGAUUUUAGGGAUUACUCAUGGUUAAGGUUAGGUUUAGGUGUAGGGAUAUGGUUAAGAAUAUAUUUUUGGAGUAAAAUGUUGUUCCAGGGUCAACAAAAUAUGUUGACCUAGGAACACAUCGGACUUGGCAAAAUCAGGACGUGCCUCUAUCCUCACGAAGCUCCUUGUGUCCUAUUCUCGUGUUCUGUGACAGGCAGCACUCAGUGGUGAUGUGUGAGGGGGUGUUUUUGGAGUCCUGUCAGGUCCUGUGUGCUGGGGGCAGAUCUAACGGGAUGGUCCACCGGCGCACACGCGGGUAACAGCACUAAAUAUCAGACGCCACACUUCAUUCACUUCACUCUCAAAUCACUCGGCUCCUUCACUUUCGAUUCAAACGGUCUAAUAGCCCGAGGCCGAGGCCUUUUGCUCUCUUUAGCUGUGGUUUAGACUGUAGAUUGCGCUUAACCACACCCCACUGUCGAAGCCCAGAGCCCUCGGGAUAUUUUUAGCCUUGAUGAUGUCCGCUGUCAUCUAACGGAAAGAUCACAGAGCGAAUCUGCACGGUGUGCGCGCGCUCGCUCGAGCGCUUUAACUAUCAUGAGGGCUCAAAGCGCUUUUAUUAUAUGGACUGCGAUGAUUCUGCAUUCGACUGUCAUCAAAGGUCAGACCACAGACUCAUUCCCAGAAGUGAGAUCCCCUCUGAAUGAAGAUACUCCGAAAGAUCACAUGACUUCAGAAAGUGACAUUUUGGAAUCACGAGCCAGUACAGCUUUUCAAAGCAUCUCCUCUCCUUCAACGAAUUUCUCAACUGACGAGGUCCCACCUACUGUUCCUUCUCCAUCACAGUCAUCCAGAGACGCUGUAGUGCAUGAUGACACCUCUCCUUCAUCACAGACCACCGAGCUACAAGAUGUCACCACCCUUAACACGGACACAGCCUCAGUACCAGGUUCUUCUUUUUUGACGAGCACCGUGUUAUAUUCAGUAGCCUCCACAGCUCCUGCAACAUCCAUCAGUCCAAGUGAAGGACCUCAGACUGUCUCUUCUUCAGCCAGCGGUGCGAUCCAGACAACACAAACAGCUCCACCAUUCACCACCACUUACCCUCAGACAUCUCAGAUCGCCCUGACCAGCAGUUCAAAGGUCACUGGACCUGCUCCUUUAGAAGACCAGGAUGAGUCUUCUGAACUGGAUGUCGGGGAUCAAGAGUCAGGGAAGGUUCCCCACCGCCCUACAUCGCCUCUGGACCCCCUGCUCGCAGCUCUGGUCACCAUCUUCAUUAUCUGCACUGCCAUGGUCUCAGCCGUCCUCUUCCUCAGGUUCCGUCGGCGAAGUGAGCAUCCAGAAUUCCACCGGCUUCAAGACCUUCCUAUGGAUGAUCUUCUAGAAGACACACCUUUGUCAAGAUGCACCUAUUAGCAAUCAGGGCUGCACAAUGAUUAAAAAAAAAAAAAUCACGAUCUCGAUUCAUACAUAAAUGCACCCUAAUUUCUAAAUUACGGCGAUUCACUUGCAUGUUUGUUCCUCCAAUCAGAUCACACUGCAUUCACUUUUUUACUUUACAACAAUCUAAGAUGCUAUCAGUCAGACACAUUGGUCACAAUCACGUAGUGUAAAACAAAACACUUACAGAUGAAAAAUAUCAGUUGUCAGAAGAUAAAAGCGAUAUAUUUGUCGCAGUAUACUUUCAACGUUUAAGGGGAUUUCUUGUGUCAGUGCUGUUCAAUGGGUUGCUUCAGUGCCAUAGAUCUCUAUGAAGUGAAAUAUCAGCUUCAGCAUUACUAAGGUGAUGCAUUGCUUGUUGAUUGAGCUUGUGAAGUGGUGAUGUUCAAUGAUGACUCAUUCAUGAAGACAGUCCCUCGCUGCCACCUAUUGCCGUAACAAUGUAACUGCACUGACCGACAGCCAUAACCUUAUGGGAUACAGUUAUUUUCAAUUUUAAAAUAGUUUUGUAUGCUCUUUAAAAAGUGAAAUUAUCCUAAUAUGGAGAGUGUUUUGUGUGAGCUCAGUUUUUAAAAUGUUCAUUGUAAAAUGAAUAUUUGCUGUGCUUAUUUCUCAAUUAAAACAACAAUAUACAACCUUACUCUAAAUAAUAUGAACAUCUUUGGUAUUAUUUUAUAUGUAAAAAAAAUGUUAACAGUGACAGUCAACAGAGAGCUUGCAUAUAACUUGUAUAAAGUUUAAAUUAUUGUAAUCAGGAUGGGUAUUGGCUGAUCAUAAUGACAAGAAAUCGGUAGUCGAUAUCAGUUGCAGAAAUCCGGAUCAAAGCAUCCCUACCUCAAACGUCACCACAAAAUACAGUAGGAGUUAACCAUGAAGGACAAGGGAUCCACACCUCAAAAUACCAGCCGCCAGACCACACAAAGCCAGGUGCUAUUUAUUAGUUGUUGUUGUUUUUUUUUCUCUUCACAUAAAUAUUUAUUAUUGUUAACAUUCUUUUCAGCUGCUUACAGAUUUAAAUGUAUUUACUUUUAAGGGUUCUAAAAUUAUUGUUUUAUUUAUUUAUUUAUUUUUUUACUUUUAAGUCACUUUAUUAUAACUGGAAGUCCUAUCAUGUGUAGACAACACUUUUAUUUUAUUUUUUUUACACAAUAAAUGUUUUGGUUGAUAAAAUGAGAAUCGUGUGAGAAUCGUGUGAGGAUCGUGAUCUCAAUUCCCAUGAAGAAAAAUCAUGCAGCCCUGUUAGCAGAAGUGAAUUGCACCAUUUCAUUCUUUGAUUCCUGAGGAAACCAGUUUUGUUAUUGGUGCAAAUCCCCUGAAAGAUGUCUUUCUCAACUGAUCUCUGAUUAUGGGUUAAUCAGGAGGCUGUGAUGCUACAUUGUGGUUAUGUCAUUUUGAAAUAAAUAUAAUAUUAUUCCUAUAAAUAUGGGUUUCAUAAAAUCAAUCUUAUUCUCUGUUUAAAAAAUGCAGUUUCUUAUUAAAACAGGUGUUUAGUUAGUCAUCACUACACUACAGACAGUAUAAACAACACUUUAUUGUCCACCAAUUUUUGCUAAUAUAUCCACAUGUUAACUUCUAUAUAACUUUUUAUUGUAAAGGUCUACAAUUUCUUGAAUCUACACAAUGAAAUAUUACUGCAUUUUUUUUUCUCCUUUUAAGGGGCUUUGGCUUAUUUUUCCAAAAUAUUUUUUUAUUUAAAUUUUUAUCAGUUCCCUUGGCUUAGCAAAACGUCUCUAGGCUUUUGCACUGUAAGAUCCAUGACACUGUAGUACGGGAAAUGUUCAUUUUUAUGUGAGUGUUGUAGAAUGAGAACAAAUUUAGGUUAAACUGAAUUGUGGUUUUGAUAUUUAUGAGAAAGUUGAUUGUCCAGAUCGGUAACGAAGGUAUGUGAAAUAACUUGAAUUGUAUUCAAGCAUAUUCACUUCUGUCUACGCUGGUAUUUGUGGUCAACCUAGUGCCUAAUGUACUUUGUGCCAAAACUGAUUAGGGUAGACAAACUUAUAAAUAUAUAUAUUGCACUGUUGUGUUGUUGAGAUAAACCUGUAAAGAUAAGAUUUUGUAAUAAAAGAAGAAAACUUUU